ACAAUCCUCCACCAUGAAUACCUAACAAAUCUUCUCCCUUUACUAUUUCCUGCCGAAAAGAUGAUGAACGUGUUCAAACUCCUCUCCCGCACAGCGAAAGCGCCGCAAAGCGCCUCGGCGCAAAAUCUACCCUCCGCAGGCGCCGCCGCCAACCCUCAGCUCUUCGGUCACGAUGAACUCGCACCCGUCGCUGCCCCAGAGGAAACAAAGAAGAGCAAGAAACGGAAGAGGGGGAAUGCUCCUGUCGAGUCUUCUUCAGACUUGCCCGCCGAUCUAGACUUUUUCGGCGACAAACCCAAGGCAGAUGCAGAGGAUGACGCGGUCACUGCCGCCAAAAAGAGUCGGGUAGAGGGCAAGACCAAUGGCAUGUCCUCUGCACACGAAGAAAAUGCAUUCUCUGAGGCCUACAACGAAGACGAGAGCAAGCGCAUGCUGAGAUCACACAAAUUGAAGGUCACGGUGCUGGAGGAUUUUGCGCCCAAAGUGGAGGAGCCGGAGAAAAAGAAAAAGAAGAAAAAGAAGAGCAAGGCCAAAGAAGAGGAGAAGAAGAAAGAGGCCAAGAAACAGUUAUACCCGCAGCCUUUGUCGUUCUUUGGUCAAUUGCGACCACGUUUCAGCAUUUCGAGGAGAUUGGCAGACAACCUCAAAGAGCAGGGUUAUACGGUGCCUACGGAAGUGCAACUUGGAGCUCUGCCUUUACUUUUAGGAAAGGAUGGUGUCCAGGAAGCUUCGGGCUCAGGCGCAGAGUAUGGGGGUGAUAUCGACCUCCUUACGGUAGCACCCACCGGCAGUGGCAAGACGAUCGCGUUCCUGGUGCCUAUCAUCAACGCUCUACUUUCCGAAAAACCCAGUGACGAGCAGGGCUCUCGGGCGGUCGUAAUUGCACCAACCCGAGAAUUGGCGUCGCAAAUCGUCAACGAAGCACGCAAACUAUCCCAGGGCACCGGCAUCAAGGCGGCACUCAUGAAAAAGGGUAUGGAAGUCGUUGAAAGACCACAAGCUGCUGAACAGCAAAACGAGGCUGCAUCCCCUGCAGCUUCGGACAACGAAGAUGAUGAAGAAGAUGACGAUGUAUCGGAUUCGGACGCGCAGGAGGAAACUACCUCAAAGCAAAAGAAAGCCCCCCGGAGACGAGCAGAAAAGGUCAAGGCGGCCAUCCUCGUCGCAACGCCAAUGGCUCUCCUCAACGCUCUAAAAUGCCCAGACGGAACCGUCGCCGAAUUCCCAUCCAUCCGCCAUCUCGUGCUCGACGAAGCCGAUGUUCUCCUCGACCCGCUCUUCCGCGACCAAACCCUUGCCGUCUGGAAUGCGUGCACCAACCCACUCCUCCGCGUGGGACUCUGGUCCGCAACCAUGGGCUCAAACAUUGAAGCCCUUGCUAUCUCCACCCUCAACAACCGCUGGGCCUCACUCUCUUCGUCGACCUCGGACUCUCUUCCAGCUCGUCCGCCCCUCAUACGCCUUGUAGUCGGCCUCAAAGACUCCGCCAUCCCCAACAUCUCCCACCAACUAACUUACGCUGCAACCGAACAAGGCAAACUUCUCGGUCUCCGCCAACUCCUCCACCCGACCCACAUCUCCACCACUUCAUCUUCUUCCCCCACCCUUCGUCCCCCCUUCCUAGUCUUCACCCAAACUAUCCCCCGCGCCAUCGCUCUUCACUCCGAACUCCUCUACGACAUUCCUCCCGAAGCAGGCGGCAGCUCGCGCAUCGCUGUUCUGCACGCCGAUCUCUCCGCUUCUGCCCGCGACAUGGUCAUGACGCGUUUCCGCCGCGGCGAAAUUUGGGUCCUUAUCACGACCGACCUUCUCGCGCGCGGCGUCGACUUCCGCGGCCUCAACGGCGUCGUCAACUACGAUGUCCCCAACUCCGCAGCCGCGUACGUCCACCGCGUUGGUCGCACGGGUCGGGCGGGUCGCAAAGGCGGAGUUGCUGUGACUUUCUACACGCAGGAAGAUAUACCCUACGUCAAGCUCAUCGCGAAUGUGAUCCGCAAAGCAGAGGCAUUGAGAGGAGAAGAGGGUGAAGUAGUGGUUAAGCAGUGGCUGCUUGACGCUCUCCCUGCGCCGUCGAAGCGAGACAAGCAGCAGCUCAAGAAGUACGGUGUCGAAGCUAGACGCACAAAACGCACCGGAGAUGCCGAGCACGAUCACGAUAAUGACGAUAAAAAGGGCAAAGGCAAAGAUGCGAGGGAGAAGGCGCGUGCGAGGAUUAGUACGAAGAGUGGGUAUGUUAGGAAAGUGGAGAAUAACCGGAAAGCUGCUGUGGAAGCGAGUCGGCGGCGGAACCGUGAUCUUGGGACGGGUAAACAACAUGGCAGCGGAGGUGGCGGUGGUGAGGGAGGAGGAGAGGGCAGCGAGUUUGAGGGGUUCGAUUAG